AUGGAAAGCCAGCGCUUGUUUUUGGUAGAAGAAAGAAUGAAGACAUUCAAGAACUGGCCAUUCAGUGAUAAAAAUAAAUGUAAUGUGCGUAAUAUGGCAGAGGCUGGAUUUUAUUCAGUAGCUACUGGACCUGAUGAUGCCGAUGCAGCCAAGUGUUUUCUUUGUGGUAAAGAGCUGGACGGUUGGGAAGCUAGUGACGAUCCAUGGGCAGAACACAAAAGUCAUGCUGCUAAAUGUGCUUUUGUACAAAUUGGGAAGAAUGAAGAUGAUUUAUUGUUUUCAGAAUUAUUAUCAAUCAUCAAACAAUACAUGAUCAAUAAUAUUAAAAGGACAGCUGAAGUAACUAAAGAGCAAAUUGAUGAGAAAGCAAAGGCGGUCCGAAGAAGAUGCUUGGGAAGGAAAUGUUAA